UCACAUUUCAGUUGAUUUAGAAGUCUGAUACACAUCAGUGAUUGUAAUUUUUUCUAAACGACACAUUUUAGGUACCGUCAUAAAUGUUUAUGUUUGUGGAUUAUAUUUAAACCUCUUAAAUUUAUCUUACGAAUAUUUUGUGGACAAUUAGAUAUAUAGUAUUAUAAAAAUAAAAUCAUGGGUAAUACAGGCGGCAGACUUAAGAAAUUAAGAAAAUCUUUGAGGAGAAUGAGUCUUUCCAGAAGCAGAGAACGUUUGGAUAGGACCGAUCAAACUAGACGUUCAAAAAGUUUAACCAAUCUAUCAGUAUUAAGAAAAAGUGAUAUACAUAAGGAAAAAUCGAAAAGUACCGUAUUAGUUUCGGAAUCAGGAGAAAGUGAUGAGGUUCAAAUGAAUCACGAAAUAUUGAAAAGCAAAAAUAUACCUGUUUUAAGAAAAUUCAGUUCUUGCAUAUUGUACGUGAAGAAAUUAGGAAAAAAUAAGUCAUUAAAAGUCUCAAAAACUGAAAGUCAAGAAGGACUGGGAAAAUAUGAACCAAUAUCAAAUUUAGAUGCAUCAAUAACUGAUAAUAACACAUCUACACCUACAGAGGACGAAAUUAUAAAUUCGGAAAUAGAUAAUGCAAGACUACAAGUUAUUGAGCCAAUACCAAAAGAGUCAUAUUCAGAAGAAAACACUAAUGAUCCUAAAGUUUCAACACUUAAAAAUUCGAAAAGCUCACAGAAUAUUUUCGAAUCUGACAACAGAACAAAACCAGGUCAGAAUGUUACCUAUAACGAUAAUGAUUCUAUUGAAAUGCGAUCAUUGAAAAGAAUUGAUGAAGGGCUGUAUGACUUAGAGAAACAGAUGGAUGAUAUGCAACAUAGUGAACUGACAACGCAUCUUACCACUUUCAAAGAAGAAUUUCAUUUGAUUUGGCAGAUGGCCUACGAAAUUGAAAUUACUAACGAUGAGGUUCGAGAUAAAAAGGCUGAGACUAUCGAUUAUACGAAAUAUUUAUUACAAAAAUUACUCAAUAAGGCAUUCAAAAAAUAUGACUACCGUGUAUCAGAAUCAAGUUCAUAGGUGAAGCUAUGCAUUUUAAUGAAAUAAGCUGUUUUAAUCGUGAAAAGUUUAAUUGUGUAAAAAUAAAUUUUAUAUAUA